AGAGAGAGAGAGAGAGAGAGAGAGAGAGAGAGAGAGAGAGAGAGGGGCAGUAUAUAUGUUCAUGGGUUGAAUGCUCUUCCUUUCUUGAACAAUAUUUUUUUUUUGUUGCGUGCUUUUUGGGUUUGCAUGAACAUAUAUAUAUAUAACAGAGAUGUAUAAGUGUGAUGGGCAGAAGGAAUGUUAUUUUUUCACAAGAAGAAAAAUGAUGAAGUAUCAAAAUGGAGACCGGCCGAGUCGAUCGACGGGGGAUGGGUACUGGAAGUCCAGUGGAGCAGACAAACCAAUUAGGGAUGGUGAUGCAAUGGUGGGUUUUAGGAAAGCUUAGAACCAAAACUGAUUGGAUAAUGCAAGAGUAUGGGGUUAAUAAUGCCAUACCCGGUGUUGACAUGAAGCUGGACAGCUGGGUGUUAUGCAAGAUAAGAAGAAGCAAAAAGAAGAUAAUGUAGCACAGGAAGAGGUGAAAGAUAGAAGGAAGAUUUAUUGGCGCUCUUGGGAGGAAAUUUGUAAACCUACCUCGGAAGGGGGUUUGGGUCUGAGAGAUCUUAAUGAAGUUCAGAAAUCUCUUCUCAUGAAAUAUGUCUUCAGAUUGCCCACCUCUAACAAUUUGUGGGCAGGUUUUUUCACAGCUAUAUAUUGCAGAAAUGAUCAUUUAUUAAUAAGGAAGGGGAGACUAAAUGACUCUUGGUUCUGGGAAUCAAUUAUGGCCACGAUUCUAGAAGUUAUGGAUAAUGUUAAAAUUUUGGUGAGAGGUGGGAACUCUUCUCUUUGGUUCGACAGGUGGUUGUCAUCAGACCCAUUAUCUAUAAGCACCGAGGAUAUUUUGAACAAGAAGUUGUGUAUUAACGAUUGCUGGCUAAAUGAUAAUUGGAACUCCAAUUUAGUACUAGAAUUGGUUGGUGCUGAUAAAACAAGGAAAAUUUUGCACCAGGUGCCGGCGGGUAAAAGUUGGAAGGAUAUUUUUGUCUGGAAGCCUGCCCUUGACGGUAAUUUCUCUACAAAAACGGCUUGAGAGGCAGUGAGGUGCAGAAGUGAUAAUUUUGUGUGGAAUGACUGGUUUUGGCAUUCUUUAUUGUCUAGAAGAAUUUCAAUGUGUUUAUGGAGAGUCUGGUUUAAAUGAUUGGCUGUAGAUGAUAGAAUUUAGACCAAAAGAAUAUCAAUGGCUUCGGCUUGUGAUUGCUGCGUUCAAAGAAGUCAAGAAAACAUUGAUUAUAUUUUUUC